UAACAUCUUGUGUCAGGAAAUUCCAUCCUGUUGGAAUUCCUGCAUUUGCCUUUAAAUGUAAUAUAAGUUUCGCAAUUUCCAAGUGUUCCCUGCACACAUCCCAGAGGCUCUCAGAGCUCUCAGAGCUCAGUAUCCAUGAUGAAGGUGGUAACAACAUUACUUCUGUGUGCCCUCAUUGAACUUGUUCACUUUAUUGCACAAGUAAAAUCUUCCAGUCCUGUAAACUGCCAGUGGGGCCCUUAUGGCGAAUGGUCUGAAUGUGACGGCUGCUCAAAGACUCAGAUACGUACACGCAGAAUAUUAGUUUAUGGGCAAUACGGUGGAAGUCCUUGCAGUGGAGAACCGACAGAGACCCGCUCCUGUGCUCCAACACGAGGGUGUCCUCUAGAAGAGGGCUGUGGGAAUCGAUUCAGGUGUUCUUCAGGCAAGUGUAUCAGCAAGUCUCUAAUAUGUAAUGGAGACCAAGACUGUGAAGAGGACGGUUCUGAUGAACAGCAAUGUGAUGAUGUGACCAAAGUGUGUGACAACGAUAAAGUUCCGCCCAAAGCACACCUGACUGGAGCUGGCUAUGAUAUUCUAAAGGGACUUACUCGGAGCAACGUCAUCAACACACAAAGUUUUGGUGGCCAGUGUCGAAAGGUCUUCAGCGGAGAUCACCGAGACUUCUUCAGGCUGACUCAGAGUCUGCUUAAAUACACAUUUCAGGUCAAAAUUGAUAAUGACUUUAGCUAUGAAUUUUAUAACAGCAGCUGGUCUUAUAAAAAGCAUACGGAAUACCACAUGACUUCCAAUUACGAUGGGUCUCAACAUGACGUUAAGGAUUUUGAAAUCAGCAAUAAAAAGAGCAGACAGAUGAUGGUUAUUCGGAAUGAUGUUGAAGUCGCCCAAUUUAUCAAUAGCCCACCAGAAUUUCUGACUUUGUCUGAAGCCUUUUGGAAAGAUCUGACUCUCCUCCCGACUUCCUAUGAUUAUCCUGCGUACCUCAAGUUGAUUGAGCGCUACGGCACUCAUUUCAUGAAAGAGGGCUCAUUAGGUGGUCAGUACAGAAUGUUCUUUUAUAUGGACACAGAGGUCAUGAAGCAAAAAGGCAUGACAAUGAGCGAUGCACUCAAAUGCACCUCUUCUGGCUUCGACUUGUUCUUCAUAAAAUAUUCCAAGCAGGAAUGCAACAAACUUUACGAUGCAAUGCGCCAGUCACAAGGUUAUGAUUCUCAGACUAUAAAAGGCGAUGCAAAGAUAACUGGAGGAGAUGCAGGGUUUGUCUCCGGUCUCAACAAUAUAAAUCCAUCCGACCCUGCUGGCAACAAGGAAACAUAUUCUAAAUGGGCUGGCUCUGUGAAAAACAACCCCAGCGUCAUCAAACAAAAAUUGACACCUCUGUAUGAACUGGUAAAAGAAGUAUCUUGUGCUUCUGUGAAGAAAUAUUAUUUAAAAAAAGCAAUUGAAGAAUAUUUGAGUGAGAGUGACCCCUGCCAUUGCAGACCGUGCCAAAAUAUGGGCCUGCCUGAGAUUGCCGGCACAUUGUGCGCUUGUAACUGUAAACCAGAUACGUUUGGCCCAGCCUGUGAACAGGGCACCCUGCUGAAAGAUCAACCAGGGGUAAUUGAUGGCAGUUGGAGUUGCUGGUCCUCUUGGAGUUCUUGUUCUCGGGGUCGAAGAUCCAGAAGACGAUCCUGUAACAACCCAGCACCUGCAGGAGGUGGCAAGUUCUGCAUUGGAGAAAGUGCAGACUCCCAGCCAUGUGAUGAUGAUGAAAUUGAAUAUUUAAGACAACUUGAACCACAUUGUUUUGACAUAUCUGUUGUCCCUACAAAGUUGUGCCAUUCUCCUCCAGCUCUCAUAAAUGGCUUUGUUCAGGCACCACAGAACUUUUACUCUGUAGGCAGUAAAGCUGUGUAUUCAUGUAUAGAAGGUUAUUAUCUCAUGGGGGAUCCUGUGGCAGAAUGCAGUGAAGAUCUGAACUGGACACGACCCCCCAUGCACUGCAAACGCAUUUCUUGUGAUGUUCCACAUGUAGAGUCUGAUGUUACGGUCCAUCCCUGGAAGCAAACCUACAUGAUAGGAGAGAAAGUGACCAUUUCCUGCCCAGCAGGGCAAACAAUUGAAGGGGCGUCAGAGAUUUUGUGUGACUCCAGUAUGAAUUGGUCACCUAGCCUCAGUGAGAUUCGGUGCAGGACAGUGCCUGACGUUAAGAAAGAAAACCACGAAAAGUGCCAGUCAUGGCAGAAGCUCCAUCAGUCCACAUGCGUAUGUAAAAUGCCUUAUGAAUGCAAAUCGUCUUUGGCAGUUUGUGCAACCAAUGCUAAGACUGGCCGAACAGAGAAGCUAACCGUUUGUAAGAUACACGCUUUACAAUGUCUUGGACGAGAGUACGCUCUUACAGAAAAUGACGCGUGUGGCAUAUCCAGAGCUCAAAGUCAGCCUUGUGGUGCUUGCGAAAUCUGGGAGUCAUGCAAUGAUAAAACCAGCAUGUGCGAAUGCAAACAAAUCAAGGACUGUAAGGAAAAAGGUGCCGAUGUCUGCAUCAGGAUGGGAGAGGUCAACUCAAACAAAACCAUGACAGAAUGUGAAGCAGGAAUUAGAAGAUGUCGAGAUGAGCAUAUUACAGUUGUCAGUAUUAAACCAUGUGAAAUAUAAGAAGUAUUUCAGAAAUAUGAUGUACUGUAAAUUUUGGAACAUUUACAUUAGAUUCAGAUUGUCUGUUCCAAUGGAUCACGUUUGUAAGCUUUUUGCCAUCAUUGACAUGUCGCCCAUUUGUAUUCAUUGUCAAAAGCAUAACUGAAAUAAAGGUGGCAAUUAAAAUACA